AAAUCUGAGAAGGUAUCUAUUUGUAGAUAUACACAGUAUUCUGUACGCAUUUGUAAGAUCAGCACAAACAGUUUCCAAUCAGUCGAAUCAGGUGUUAAAGUAGUCUUAACACGCCGUCAAAAUGACCCGUGUUCUUGUCACUGGGGCCUCUGGUUUCCUCGCAUUGCAUGUUGUUAAGCAGCUGUUGGAGUCUGGUCAACAAUACAUCGUUCGAGGAACAGUCAGAAGUUUAGCGAACGAACAGAAGCUCAAACCAUUGAGGGCACUGUGCCCAGAAAAUUCGAAACAACAGCUGGAAUUGGUGGAAGCAGAUCUUAGUCAAAGAGAAUCUUGGAUUGAUGCUGUCAAAGACUGUACCUAUGUGAUUCAUGUUGCGUCACCGCUCCCUCUCAAGAUGCCAAGAGAUGAGAUGGAGGUUAUUGGACCCGCCGUGGAAGGAACCAAAAGCGUCCUUGAAGCGUGCGCCAAGACCAAGGGCGGGGUAAAAAGAGUUGUGUUGACGAGUUCCAGUGCUGCAAUUCAUAGUGGUCGACAAGGCGUUGAAGAUAAAGUCUUCACCGAGGAGGACUGGGCAGCAGACGAGGGGGUCAGCCCGUAUGAGAAGAGCAAGAAGCGUGCGGAAAAGGCCGCCUGGGAACUAGUGGAGAAGUUGGCAGAUGAUGAGAAGUUUGAGCUUUGUACCAUCAAUCCUGGGUUUAUUGUUGGCCCUGUGUUGGGCUCUUACUGCACAAGCACCGAGCUUCACAGGCGUUUUCUUCAGCGAGAAAUGCCAAUGGUUCCUAAAAUGAUGUUUGGAGUGAUUGAUGUCAGAGAUUGUGCUAGAGCUCAUAUAAUUGCUAUGACGUCACCUAAAGCACCUGGUAACAGAUACCUCGCCAUCACGGACUGUUACUGGAUGGAUGAUAUGGCACGGCUGCUUCAUGAAGAAUUCAGACCUCUCGGUUAUAAAGUUCCUACCACAGUGGCUCCAAAGGUCAUGAUAAAAAUCGCCUCGUGGUUUGAUGGCACGUUGAAGUUUAUUUUACCUUUUCUUAACAAAGACAUCAAGUUAGAUAAUUCGAAGAUAAAAGACCAUUUCGGUAUGCAGUUUGAGGAUUUCAAGAAAAGCGUAAUAGACAUGGCCUACAGUUUGAUCGAAAGAGGUUUUGUCAAGAAGACACCGCAAUACGAGGAAGCGAAAAAACAACAAGCCGCUAAUGGAUCUGGGUAGUUAAACUUGAGGAGACGUCACGCUCGAAGUUAGCUACAAUCCUCGUGAAGUUUUGUUGAAACAACCCACUCCUUAUUAAAUGUUGAGUUUAGUUCAGUCUGCAACACAGCGGUCAAACGCGUUGGUAUUUGGUCGUUAUUUUUUACUGGGAAUAGGAAUGUUUCCUAAGUUUACUUCUGAAAUUUUGCGCAGGAAUUGGGCGCGCGCACGCGACUGGCCAAAAUUGAUCCCCUUGCGCAUGCUCGACGUUUGUCCGCUGAUUUGAGGAAAACGAACCAAACUAGACAAUUUUCUAGAAAGGGAAAAUCGUGAAUUGACCAACCUAGGCUCUUAUGGAGCGAUGAAACAAUAGAUAAGCCAGAACAAAUAAAUAAAAUAGCACCCCAAAUAUUCGUAUAUUAUGUUCGACUCCAAAAGAAAAUAUAAUAAUGAA